GUAGAUAUGUAUUAUUUAUUAGUAGACGCCCAAUGCUAUUUCGCGCCAUCAGGAAAACAAACAGCAAAAAAACAGAACAUGUUUAAACCUGAGUUUUGAUGGUUCAACUUUUGUUGGCAUUUGGUAUAUACUGAUCGUGAACAAAAUGAGCUCCAAAAAGCGUGCAGGAUCUCCGGAUGCCUCGACCGCAUCUCGCAAACGUAGCCGUAUUCGGAAACUCAGUUCUAGCAGCGAUCAUACGAGCACUGCUGUUCAAAGUGGCGGGGAAAGCGAUGAGGAAUCUUGUAAAGGGGCGCCCAGUACAAUAUCAGAGCCAAAUACCGUUGAGCGGGGCAUAAUAAAUGAUAUCCAAAAGUUUACCCGCAGCGGAAAAAUUUUGAAGAUGCAGCUGAAAAAUUUCAUGUGCCAUCGGAAUUUGGUGGUCAUGUUCAACAAGCGAGCUAACUUGUUGGUAGGAAAUAACGGCAGCGGGAAAAGUGCUGUUUUGGCUGCUCUUGCGAUUGGACUUGGUUGCAGCGCAAAUUCCACUAACCGGAGCAGUAGCGUGAAACAACUGAUUAAGCAUGGAGAGACGCAAGCUUCCAUUGAGAUCCACCUCAGCAAUGACAGCUUCGACUCUUUUGAGCGGGAAUUAUAUGGGGACAAAAUUAUUAUUAUGCGCACAAUCAGCGCAACUGGCGCCACAAGUUACAAGUUGAAGAGCGCGACUGGUAGUGUGGUAUCGCAGAGCCGCAGUGAUCUGCUGAAGAUGAUUAUGUUCCUUAAUAUUCAGGUCGAUAAUCCCGUUUGUGUAUUGAAUCAAGAUCUGGCGCGAUCGUUCCUGAAAGACUCGGAUGAGAAGAAGCAGUACAAUCUCUUCCUUAAAGCUACGCAGAUAGACUCCAUAACGUCCAAGUUGAACGGAUGCACUCCACAACUGGACAGUGCCAAGCACAACUUAGAAUGUAGUGAAAAGAGUUUGCAGUUCAUAGGACGUGAGAUCGAGAAUUUGCAGCAAAAGUAUAGCAAUUUGCAAUCAGUAGAAAAGAUGAAGGAUGCAGUAAAGGAAGCUCGUCUGAAGAUGGGUUGGAGGAUUGUGAUGGACAGAAGCGCUGAAUGUUCUCGCGUAGAUACCGAGCUGCUAGCUAAGAUGAACACGAUGAAGGAGCAUAUGAAUGCUAUUCAGAAUAGGGAUUUGCUAGAGGGAGAAAUCGAUCGAACGGUACAGCGCUAUAAGAACGACAUUGACGCCAAAAGAACAGGGUUUGCAGAGGUUAAGGAAAAGUAUAUGGGGGCCCGUAAGGUGGGUCAGCAGUUGCAGGAAAUGCUCUCAGAUAAGAGCCGAAACAUGAAGAAAGUAAAGGAUCGAAUGAUUCGUCAAGCAGAAGAUAUAAAGAGCCUCGAAGCAGAACUGAAGCAAAGAAGUGAAUCAGGAUUUAAUCGUGUUGCCGAGGAAAAACGACGCAACGAUGUUAUGCUGGCGGAGUUGAAUGGGAAGAAGCAUGAUUUGCAGGCCAUGGUGGAGAACGCUAAAAGGGAUGUGAACAUUUUGCACAACACGCUGGGACAAAUCCGAGAAAGAAAGGAUGAGAUCAAUAGCAAACGGGUAGAUAAGCAACAUGAGCGAUCACGUACUGAACUUCAGCUUCAACAGUUUGAUAACUCAUCGCGGGACAACCUUUCAGUAUUUGGUCAAAAUAUGCCCGCCUUCGUAGCCAAAAUCAAGCAGUUGCACCAACAAAAACGCUUUUCGGAUCUUCCCCGUGGCCCUUUGGGGCAGUACAUCAAAGUGAAGGACAAAAAGUGGACUGCCAUGGUCGAAACCGUUAUUUCCCAGGGAACGCUCAUGGCGUUCUAUGUGAAUAGUGAUGCCGAUCGAAACACACUGAAUCAGCUGAUUCAGCGAGAAUUCCCAGAGAUGCGAUCUUGCUCGAUCAUCACCAGCCGCUUUCACAAUCAAGUUUACGACGUCCGUAGCGGACGUGUUGAAAACGUGCAAAAUGCAAACCUGUUGAUGAACUUGAUAAACGUUAGCGAUCCGGUGGUGAUGAACUGCCUGAUCGAUCAGAUCAAAAUCGAAACUAUUCUCGCCGUCGAAGAUCAGGACACGGCAAUCGAACUUACUAGCCAGGCGGAAAAUGUGCCGAGAAACUUGCAGAAAGUGGUCGUCAUGGAGCCUUUUUCCGAGUUUUAUCCGAUGCCAAACUACAGAAGCUAUGGGUUGCAACGAAGACCGGCUCGUUACUUGCAAGUCAACAUGACAGAGUUGAAAAAGCAAACCGAACGACGGAUGCAACAGUUGGACCAGGAGCUGCAUGACAUCAAGCAGCAGAUUGAGGAAGAGACACGUAAGUUAGGCGAGAAAGAACGAGCCUUACAGGACAAACAAAGGCAAAUGGCCAAGCAGCAACAAGAGUUGAAUUCUCUAGAGCUGAAAAUCAAUGAACUCAAAUCGAUUGAAUACCCGGCCGAAUCGGAAGAUAUGACGCUCCAAAGCGAGCUGGACGAGCUGAAAGCUUCCCAGCUGGAGUUGAACGAACAGUUAAAAGUCGAAAUGUCCAAAUUGGAGACAUCCAACAACGAAAUAGCCGCACAAGAACGCAACAUCCAGGAGAAAAAGGAUCACAUGUCAAAAAUUGAAAGUGAAAUACAGGAAAUCCAGGACAAAAUUGAUGCGGAAAUGCAAAAACGGCACGACAUGCAGGCGAAUGCCAAAACUAAGCAACAACAACUGGAACGAUUGCGCGACGAAGUGAACACUCUGACGGCUGAACGCAACGAGCGGAAGAAGGGUCUGGAGGAGGCGACAGAAGCUGCACAGAUUCUUGGGAAUCGAAUUGAGGUGGCCGAAACUCAGGAACAGCUGAAGAAAUACAUCAUCACUAAAGAAACACGCAUCAAGACCAUCAAUUCUGCAAAUGAUGAUAUUGGUGACAUAAAAGCAAUUCUUGAGAAUGAGUGUCUGAAACGGGAUACCUCGUUGCGGUAUACGGAUUCGUUAAAGAAAAUGGUUAAAUCCCUUACGAACGCACGCUCAACGCGCUAUGCUUACCUGCACAAGCUCAAAUCGCACAUGUCCCUGAGGGUGAAACACAAAUUUAACAUGGUGAUGCAGUUGCGAGGUUUUGUUGGGGAAAUUACAAUGGACACUAGAAACGGCAUCCUUUCGCUCUCGGUUGUUCCGCGGGAUAAGAACAUCACCAAUGCGGUGUCCAACACCAAAUCGCUCUCGGGUGGCGAACGGUCCUAUUCGACGGUGGCAUUCCUGAUUGCCCUGUGGUCGUGCGUUGAUACACCGUUUUACUUCCUGGACGAGUACGAUGUGUUCACCGAUCAGGUCAACCGGCACAUGAUGACAAUGCUGCUGCUGAACGAAACCAAGAAGCGAGCCGACCGGCAGUUCUGUUUUCUGACACCUCAGGACAUGAGCAACAUUCAAGCGAGUGACGAGCUAACGAUUCAUCGAAUGGCUGAUCCGGAGAGGUGCUGAGAGCUGAUUUACUUUAAGAAACUUUGAAUUAUCGUUUGCUAUUUUUAACCUUUGUUGCACUGUACUAUUGAAUUCGUUAUUAAAAUGAAAACCUGAAUUUAAA